AUGGUUAACGUUUUGCUUAUUUUUUUUCUUUUUCUUUUUCUUCUUCUUCUUCUUCUUCUUCUUCUUCUUCUUCUUCACCUCCUCCUUCUUCUUCUUUUUCUCCUCCUCCUCCUUCUUCUUCUUCUUCUUCUUCUUUUUAUUCCACGGCUUCCAUUUUUUAUAUUCAUCGUUGUCUUCUUUUCUCCUCCUCCUUCUCCUUCUUCUUCUUCUCCUUUUCCUCCUUCUUCUUCUUCUCCUUUUCCUCCUUCUUCUUUUUCUUCUAUAUGCCGCAUACCUUCAGUACAUAAGCGAUCAUGUAUUUUCACCUUUCAUUCUUUCUUUCUUUUUCGUCAUCUUUCCGUCUUUUUAUUUUUAUUCAUUUCGUUUUUAAUUUUUUCAUUUCUUCAUUCAACUGCUACGUUUUUCUGUAUAGUUAUACGGGUUUCUUUUUCUUUAUUUCUCACUAUCUAUCUAUCUAUCUAUCUAUCUAUUUAUUCUAGACUCUUUCUUUCUCUCUUUUGUUCAUUCUUUUCUGUUCGCUUUCUAAUUCAUUGUUGUCCUUUUUGUCUUUAUUUCUUUCAUUCUUUCUUUCAAUUGAUGAUGAUUUUCUUUUCUCGACAUGCUUGUUUCUUUCUUUCUUUCUUUCUUUCUAUAAUAUAUUCAUUUGAUUUUUUUCUUUCUUUCUUUCUUUCUUUCUUUCUUUCUUUCUUUCUUUCUUUUGUCUCUCAUCCUUCCUUCAUCCUCCCUCCCUCACUUCUUUCUUUCUUUCUUUCUUUCUUUCUUUCUUUCUUUCUUUCUUUCUUUCUUUCUAUAAUAUAUUCAUUUGAUUUUUCUUUCUUUCUUUCUUUCUUUCUUUCUUUCUUUCUUUCUUUCUUUCUUUUCUUUUUUCUUUUGUCUCUCAUCCUUCCUUCAUCCUCCCUCCCUCACUUCUUUCUUUCUUUCUUUCUUUUCUUUCUUUCUUUCUUUUCUUUCUUUUCUUUCUUUCUAGUAAUAUAUUUAUUUGAUUUUUUGUUUGUUUGUUUCUUCUGUCAUCCUCCUUCCUUCCUUCCUUCCUUCCUUCCUUCCUUCCUUCCUUCCUUCCUUCCUUCCUUCCCUGUUUCUUUUGUCUCUUUGUCCUUUUCUUUCUUUUUUCUUUCUUUCUUUCUUUCUUUCUUUAUAUUCAUUUAA